GGAUCAUCCGGGUAUAAAACGCUACGUGACGGGCGGACACCGUGUGAAACGGCCGUUCAGAAGCGCAGGGAGGUGCUCAUUACGUCACAAGUCUGUGUCGUCACCGCCUUUAUUUCUUCACCCCAUCCAGCGCUAAACUUUUUAGUUCCUUUUCAGCAGACGUCAAAGCUAACGAGCAGACUGAAAUUCUUUAAAGCUUCUAGAUCAUUCAAAAACAUUUUCACCAUGAUCUGCCCAGACAGCACGAAAUUUUUUAUCCUAACCUGUUUCAUCUUCCUGGUUUCUAUGGUGGACGAGGCUCAAGCCCACACAGACAAUGGCGCUGAUGGUGACCAGAGCAACGAAUUUCCCCCAGGUCUUGGCAGACUUUUGUUCAAACAGAUGAGAUUUCGUGACCUGCCGCAGACCGCGGACGUUGAGCAGCUGAAGGAGCAGCUGAAGGAGCAGCUCAAGGAGCAGGGCUACAGCCAAUGGGACAACACAGACACAGCCGUGGGGAAAAGGGACGUUACUCGACAGGAACUGAUUGACCAGUUGGCCGCGUUGAUUCUACAGAUGAAGGAGAGAGACGCGGGCACCAGGCUACACAUGCCUAGCCUGCGGUUUGGUUGAAGCUACCCAAGUGCUCAUCCGUUUUUCAAAUUUCGUGAUUUCAAAUUAUGAAAUAAAUUUAUGAAACAAAA